GAAUGAAAGGCAAGAAGAAGAGACCAUGCUAGCGAUACGCAGAGAACGUGAGAGAAUGCUGAAUGCGAAGAAUGCGAGGGGCUCAGAACACGCAGCGAGAUAUAAAACUAGAGAACCAAAUUAGGGUUUCUUUCUCCGAAUCUCUCUUCAACUUCACCAGGUAUCCCUCUCAAAGUUUCUUUGAUGCUGGACACUGUUGAAUGAGUAGAAAAACUAAGCGGAGAAAAGUAAAUUAGGUUGGCAAUGAUAGAUUUGUAUUUUUCGUUCCUGAGGAUCCUUACCAACCAAGAUGGUCAAGGACGUUUUAUUUUUGGAUGGUUGGUAACUGGAUCGUUCGGACUUCUUGCUCUUAUAUAUGCAUUCCUUAAGUGGCAGAAAAAAUCCUCACAGAACUGGGUUAAAGCUGCAGCAAAGGCAAAGAAAAAAGUUUGGAAGAGAUUAAAGGUUCCUCUAUCGCAUCAUACAUGGAUAGAAGACCUUUCUUAUGGGGAGCAGCCGUCCACAUGCUGUGUGUGUUUAGCUUCCCUGGCGUCCUCACAAACUCUAGGUGUAAAAGUAGCACCGCACGUUCCUCUUCAUAGGUGCUCUGUUUGUGGUGUAGCAGCACAUUUCUAUUGUUCCCAGUUUGCAGCAAAGGGUUGCAAGUGUGUGGCUCAAGCUGGCUCAUCAAAUCUGUUGCAUCAUUGGUCAGAACGAUGGAUUAAUUUUGAGGAGAACUCUGAGAUGUCUGCUUUCUGCUACUACUGUGAUGAACCAUGUUGUGUUCCUCUUCUGGAUGCAUCUCCUACCUGGCAUUGCUUAUGGUGUCAACGCUUUAUACAUGUUAAAUGUCAUCCCAAAAUGGCAAAGGAAUCAGGUAAUAUUUGUGAUUUGGGUCCCUUUAGAAGGCUUAUCCUUUCUCCACUCUCUGUGAAAGAAAAUGAUGAGGCAACCACUACCAGUGGAACGCUGAAUUCUCUCACUGAAGAAAUUAUAGCUUCACCCUAUCAUGGACAAAUUAGGAGAAGGCGCCAACGAAACAAAAGUGGAAACACUCGUUCUGGUUUUUAUGACUCCCCUAGCUUUAAAAUCAAGGAUGUCCCUGGUGAAAAUAUAGCUCCUGCAUAUGUCCUUAAUGAGCUUCUUGAUCUUGAUAAGUCAUCCAAUGGAAAGAACAGUGACCACUUAUUGAAGAAGAAUGAUAGAGAACCUAGUAUUAAGGGUUCUCAAAAUGGAUUGCUGGAUAAAAAUGGGGUUAAUAGUGCCUUUGGUCGUGUUAAGAGUUAUAAACUGGUGGAUUUGCCACAGGAUGCAAGACCUCUUCUUGUUUACAUCAAUACAAAGAGUGGAGCUCAGUAUGGGUCUUCUCUACGGAGGAGAUUGAACAUGCUAUUAAAUCCUGUCCAGAUUUUUGAACUCAGUCCUUCCCAGGGGCCUGAGGCUGGGUUGAAGUUGUUUGAUGCCGUUCAGUAUUUUAGGGUUCUGGUCUGUGGUGGAGAUGGUACUGUAGCAUGGGUUCUUGAUGCCAUUGAGAGGCACAACUUUGAAUCUCCUCCACCUGUUGCCAUACUUCCUCUGGGCACAGGAAAUGACCUGUCUAGGGUUUUGAGAUGGGGAGGAGGUUUGUCUUCUGUUGCAAGACUAGGUGGGGUAGCUACAGUUCUUGAUGACAUUAAUCAUGCAGCAGUGACAAUGUUAGAUCGCUGGAAGAUUAAUAUCAAAGGAGGAAACCAAGAAAAGAGUCCUAAAAAAGCACAAUCAAAGUUCAUGAUGAACUAUUUGGGUAUUGGGUGUGAUGCAAAGCUUGCAUAUGAAUUUCACUUAAAUCGUGAAGAGAAUCCUGAUAAAUUCUAUAGCCAGUUUGUGAAUAAAUUACGUUAUGCUAAAGAAGGUGCCAAGGAUAUAAUGGAUAGAACAUGUGCAGAUCUACCAUGGGAAGUUUGUCUUGAAGUAGAUGGAAAAGAUGUUGAUAUCCCUAAGGAUGCUGAGGGAGUAAUUGUGCUCAACAUUGGCAGUUACAUGGCUGGAGUAGAUCUUUGGCAAAAUGACUAUGAACAUGAUGAUGACUUCAAUCUUCAGUGCAUGCAUGAUAAGAUGCUGGAGGUUGUUUCUGUCUGUGGAGCAUGGCACCUGGGAAAACUUCGGGUUGGGCUUUCACAGGCUAGAAGGCUAGCCCAAGGAGAGGUUAUAAGAAUAAACACUUCCUGCCCCUUCCCUGUUCAGAUAGAUGGGGAACCAUUUAUCCAACAACCUGGUUGUAUAGAAAUUACACAUCAUGGACAGAUGUUCAUGUUAAGGAGGGCAACUGAGGAGGAACCCACAGGGCAUGCUGCUGCAAUAAUGACAGAAGUUUUGGCAGAUGCUGAAUGCAGUGGUGUAAUUAAUGCAACUCAGAAGAAAUUACUUCUACAGCAGAUGGCCAUUCAGCUAUCUUGACCACGGCCUCUUCAUUCUACUAAUCUGUCAUAGCUACAUUUGGUUGCCUAAUCUUCUUCUUGAUCCAGUGUUCUGGGACAUUAGGUUUGUCUUUUUUUCCUACAUGGAAGCAAUUCUUGUAAAUGCGUGCUUGUGUGUGGGAGAGAGUCCCAGAAGCUUCAAGAAUAUAGGAGAAAUUCACACUGUUGUAAAAAUAUAACCAAUCCAAAGAAAAAGGGAAUGCUUAGAAUCAGCACUUGUUUUCCCUCUUUUUUCUGCUUGAA